AUGAGUACGACGACGACGACUACCACCACCACGACUAUCAGGUCUCCCCCGACGAUUACAGCCGACAAUGUCGCGACGUUGUUCCCCGAAGUCGACACCUCGCUGGCCCGGUCGAUCUUCCCUGCGGCGGGGAAUGCCGGGUCUGAUGAGACGGGCGAUCUCGACGGCUACGACGAAGAGCAGGUGCGGUUGAUGGACGAGGUGUGCAUUGUUCUCGACGAGGAUGAUAAACCGAUCGGCAGUGCGAGCAAGAAGGUUUGCCACUUGAUGACCAACAUUGACAAAGGACUGCUGCACCGCGCGUUUUCCGUCUUCCUGUUCGACUCGAACCAGCGGCUGCUCCUCCAACAGCGGGCAACGGAGAAGAUCACCUUCCCGGACAUGUGGACGAAUACCUGCUGCUCGCACCCGCUGGGGAUCCCCGGGGAGACGGGCGCCGAGCUGGAGGCGGCGGUGAUGGGGGUCAAGCGGGCGGCGCAGCGCAAGCUCGAGCAGGAGUUGGGGAUUCCGCCUGAGCAGGUGCCGAUCGAGAAGUUUGAGUUCCUGACUCGCAUACACUACAAGGCUCCUAGCGAUGGGAAGUGGGGGGAGCAUGAAAUCGAUUAUAUUCUGUUCAUCCAAGCCGACGUCGACCUGGCCAUCAACCCCAACGAGGUGCGUGAUUCGCGGUACGUCUCGGCCGAGGAGCUCCGGCAGAUGUUCGAGCAGCCGGGGCUCAAGUUCACUCCCUGGUUCAAGCUGAUCUGCCAUUCCAUGCUGUUCGAAUGGUGGGGGCACCUGGGCACCGCCGCGCUGGAUGCCUACAAGGGCGAGCAAGAGAUCCGACGGAUGUAA